AGCGUGGGUUUGCUGGGGAGCUCUCGGCGGUUGCGGUAGUAGGGACAGCAGUGCUGCGCGGCCUGAGCGUGUCGCCAUGACCCGUGGGAACCAGCGUGAACUCGCUCGCCAAAAGAACCUGAAGAAAACUCAGGAAAUCCACAAAGGCAAAAGGAAAGAAGAUAGCUUGUCUGCUUCUCAGAGGAAACAGAGGGACUCUGAAAUCAUGCAGCAAAAGCAAAAAGCAGCUAAUGAAAGGAAAUCUCUGCAGGCAGGAGCAAAAUGAUCUGCCACUAUGGAGAAGAUAGAGUACACCGAAUGAAGUGGAAGGACCUAGAAGAUCAUUCAUAGAAGUGUCUGGCCAUUAAAUGAUUAAACAUUUAUUGUGCAGAGUUGUUCAACUAUCAUUAGUUAGAGUAUUUUCUGGUUACUAUAGGCCUAGUUGUCUACAGUGCUCUUUCAAAACUGACUACACCCUUCUGCAUGUGUAUGAAUAAAAGUACCAAGCAAUAGCUUUAUUCUAGCUUUUGCUUCAUUUGUUAGUUUAACUUAGUGGUUCCAGUUAAAGAAUUUCUGAAUCUACAGUUAAGACCAGAUUUGGUUGCCUGAAUUCUUGAAAGUAGAGCUUCAUUCAGAAUGGAACACACUUAUAAAAUGUGCUUAACCUUGCAGAGGUCUGAAUUGUAAAUCUCAAACUAUUUUUACAAUAAAAUGUUGCAUGAAA